CAACUUCCGCUUUUCACUCCCACUAUUUUAUACAUAGAACGCCGUUUCAGAGAACAGAUAGGAGGUGCUUUUGUUUUGUUAAUCACUCCCAAUCACACCCAAAAUAUUCGUGCAAAACUGCCGUUUCUAGGGUUUGAAGACAAGUUUCCUCCAAACUUCCCAGCGCACACGCCAUAUAAUUCCUUGUGAGAGAUGGAAAUUAGCGUGGAGAAGAAGAAGAAGCUUUAUGAUGGGACGAACUCUGAGGAAUCGGAUAGAAUAUCUGACUUGCCGGAUUCAAUUAAGCUGCACAUACUUUCAUUUGUAAAAACUAGGGAAGCUGUUAGAACAUGCAUUUUGUCAAGCAGUUGGCGGGCACUGUCGGAAAGCCUGCCCUCUUUAGCUUUGGAUAAGUACUGCUUUUAUUCUUCAGCAAUGAAUGAACGUUUGCCUGAUUGUGAUGAAAAGGAUGGUGCCAGUAAAGCAAAGAGGGAGAAGAUUCUCAGGGUGAGGAGAAGUUUUUAUGCCUUUCUUGAUCGGGCUUUAGGCCCUCAAAUGGAUUUGGAUAAGCUUGAACUGUACUUCCAAGGUUAUGAUUUAGAUUUGAAAUCUCGCUUGGAUGGUUGGCUUUCUGGCGCUGUUAGACGCCGUGUCAAAGAGUUGAGAUUGGAAUUCGGUGGCUCUUCCCGUGACCCUACAUAUAGUUUUCCCAAGAGUGUUUUCCUCCCCAAAGGCAUCAAGAGAUUGAGAUUGGUAAAUUGUGGGUUGAGCUCAUCAUGUUUGGUGGAUGGCCAAUUACCUUGUUUGCAAGAAAUCUGCCUUGAAGAUGUCAAUGCAGACAAUGUGUUCUUGGCGAAUUUGCUUGCUAGUUGUCCUAACCUUGAAAAGUUUUCUCUGAAAAGCUGUUCCGGAUUGACGAGACUGGAAAUCUACUGUCUUUCUAACCUCAAAACACUGGUUUUUGAGCACCUGGGGAAAGAAAUGAAAGUGAUUACCAUUGAGGCACCCAAUCUUUCUGAGUUUUAUUUUACGUCUGAUGGCAGCAUUGAAUCUAAACUUAAUAUCGGGGCUUGUAAGAAAUUGGAAUUGCUGGAACUGUAUGGCUGCCAGUUGGAUGACCAUGACCUGGCUGACAUUCUGAAUAACCAUCCGAUGCUCAGAAGUCUAUCACUGGACAAAUGUCAUAAUUUGUAUCACACUGUGGUUUCGAGUCAAAGUCUGGUCCAUUUCGUUUGUAAGAGAUGUAAGGCUUUGACAAAGGUUAGAAUGGAUACACCUAACCUCGAAUUCAUCUCCCAUGAUUCCAUAGAUCCUAUAACCUUUGUGUGCAAGGGUCCAACUCUCAAGUUGAAAGAUGCUUACAUUGACUUGAUACAUGGCAAUCGAGGAGAAGAGUGGUUUAAUGGACUACUUAAAUUUCUUGCAAAGUUACGUUGGACUGAAACUUUGUCGCUCUGUGUGAAUAGCGAAAAGGAUGUGAUUAUUCCGGAGAUGCUGAGGAUGAAACGCCGUCCUCCCCUGUAUUCUGUCAAGCAUUUGAAGAUAGAGCUCUACGUAUCAAGAAUGAAUAAUUCUUUUGAACUGAUCAGGUCUUUAUUGUGGCUUGCUCCUUGUCCAGAAACUAUAUCCAUAUGCAUUUAUGGAUCUUUGGCUCUCAAUAAGAAACUCACGUUCACAUAUGAAAAGCCAUUGAGGGGCAAGAAGAGAUGCGGUUGCUGGAAAUCUCUGCCUAUAAACUGUUGGAAGCACUCUCUUGUCAAAGUCUGUAUCCAGAAUAGAAGAGGGCAUGAAGAUGAUGAUACACAGCUUUUAGAUUUCUUUCGUAAGGAAAGGAAUGACAUGAAGAUCGAGUUCACUGAGUACAGAACAUAUGUUUCAGAAUGGGACCCGGAUUUCUAUUUCUAGUCCACUGCUAUAUUAUUCAGGUUACAAGUUAUCUUUUGGCUUGCAUAAGUUUUCCCAUGACCACUUAAAAAAAAAGGUUUCUCAUGACCUUGAACAUCUUAAUCUAGAGCAUUAGGGUAGGGGUUGCAGCUUUAUUAAUUAGCUCUAUGUUGUGUUUGGUUUUGUUUGAGGAAAACCAUUUUCCUAAGAUACUAGUUUCCAACUUUGGGUUAUUUUGGUCAGAAACUUCUCUUAAAAGUAGAGUAUAAGCAAGAAAUGCCAAAAUUUCAU